GCCUCCGGUCCCACCGCGCCCCCGCUCCUGCAGAGGAGGGACCCCACAGAGGCCCCCAAACAGGGCCCCCCUGCGCCUUGGUGCCGCCCGCUCGUCACGUGACCGCCGCGCCCACUCGGACCGGGACGUCAGACUCAGGGUCCAGCCGCAGGUCCGCUGGCAAAGCCUUAGCCGCGAUCGUUCGUCAGAUCUGGUCCCCUCCGCCUGGUCCCUCCAGCUGCCGCCGAGAUGAAGUGCGGGGCGCCCUCCGCCACGCAGCCGGCCACGGCCAACACCCAGGACAUCGCCGACCAGGUGAAGUCCCAGCUUGAAGAGAAAGAAAAUAAGAAGUUCCCUGUCUUCAAAGCUGUAUCGUUCAAGUCCCAGGUGGUUGCAGGGACGAACUUCUUCAUCAAGGUUCAUGUUGGUGACGAGAAAUUCAUACACCUGCGAGUGUUUCAGAGUCUUCCUCAUGAAAACAAGCCCUUGGCCCUGUCUGACUACCAGACCGACAAAGCCAGACAUGAUGAGCUGACCUAUUUCUAAUUCCUGGUCUCAAGCGUCGCCUUUGCCCAUGUGACCAAUGUGCACGGUGACGCUGCCAUCUGUGAGCGUGUAUUUGGGAUCAGGAAGUAGAUUCAUCUCCCUGCUGCACUGUCGGGGUGGGAGGGGCCGUGCUGAGCAGCUUCUCUUGUACCUCUGUUCCUAAAUGUCAAUGUAUUGAUUUUUUUCAUCCCCAGUUAGCGAUCUUAGUUAUUGUCAAAGAGGGCUAUGUAUUACCUUUAAAUACAUAUAUUUUAAGUAUUUACAAAUUA